AUGACUUUGGUUUCUGACUCGCCUGCUGGCGACACGAGAGUUGAGCGUCUAGCAAGAUGGGCGGCGAAUCUCCGGUAUGCUGAUAUCCCACAGGAUGUUGUGGAGAAAACCAAGGAUUUCUUUUUGGAUACGCUGGGUUGUACUAUCGCUGGUCGUCACCAUCCAGCUGUCGUUGCUAUGUCCAAAUUUGCGGUGCAAAUGGGCCCUUCGAAUGGGAAAAGUGAACUAGUGGAUGGAGAUCUGAAGUUCACAACUAGCCCAGCUUUUGCUAGUCUAGUCAAUGCUGCGUCGUCUCAUGUGGUGGAACAGGAUGAUCUUCACAAUAGCAGUAUUAUGCAUCCUGCGACUGUCAUAUUUCCUGCUGCCCUCGCAGUGGCCCAGGAAGUUCAAGCUGGUGGACAAGAGUUCAUCACGGCCUGUGUUGUGGGUUACGAAGUUGGUUGCCGAGUAGGAGAAUUUCUGGGCAAGAGUCACUACGAGCGUUUUCACACGACGGCAACUGGAGGUGUGAUCGGAGUUGCGGCAGCAGUCGCUCACCUUUUGGAACUCGACACCGAACACACAUUGUCUGCGAUUGGAACAGCCGGAACGCAAGCGGCGGGACUGUGGCAAUUUUUAAUGGAUGCGACACACUCAAAACAAGUACACACAGCGAAGGCAUGUUUUGAUGGAAUGUUCGCCGCCUACUCUGCCCGUGACGGCCUCCUUGGCCCACGCGAUAUCCUCGAAGGACCCCGAGCGAUGGGGAUUGCGUUGGUUCCUGGAAGCACGUACCCAGAGGCGAUCGAUCAAAAUCUAGGCAAGAGUUUCCAGGUGUCUCGAUCCAGCUUCAAGUGGCACGCGUCUUGUCGUCAUACUCAUCCCAGUGUUGAUGCGCUGUUGAGUCUCAUGCGGAAGAACGGUGUUGCCUUUGAGGAUAUUGAGUCUGUGAUUGCGCGCACUUACCAGGCUGCUAUCAAUGUCCUUGGUCUCAGUGGACGGGGAGAGACGGUUCACCAAAGCAAGUUUUCGAUGGGCUUUGUUCUUGCGGUGGCGGCCAAGAAAGGACAGGCUAUGAUCACUGACUUUACCGAGGAAGAUCUGACAGAUUCGUCUUUGCGAGAUUUCCAAGAUCGUGUGAUGAUGGAGUUGGAUCCGGUGAUUGAGAGCAACUUCCCAGAAAGUUGGCAAGGAACUGUUAUUGUAACCACCAAGGCUGGGCACAAGUUUACUGAGACGGUGAAAUUUGCAAAGGGAGACCCCGAACUUCCAUUGACAAGGGGAGAAAUUGAGAAAAAGACACGAGCUCUCGUUACCUAUGGUGGCUUCAUGGACGGCAGCAAAGUUGAUCAAUUGAUUGAAAGGGCGUGGAACCUUGAGAAUGAGAAACAUCUCAAUGGGUUUAUUUUCUGA